AAAAAAAACAAAAAAAAAAAAAACGAAAAACACGAAAAGCAGAAGGAUCAUAAAGAAGAGAAAGAAGGAGAGAGAGAGAAAGAGUGAGUGAGAGGAAGAGAUGAAGAAAUCAGGAGGAGCAGAGAAGAAAAGGGUGCGAAGAUCAUCAGCAGCCGUGCAAAACGGCACCAGAGAUCCCAAUUCCGAUACCCCUCCUAGGAGACAAUCUCCAAAGAAGGAUGUGUUUCAGUUGUUUGCUGAGAAGGUGAGAGACCACAAAGGUUUGGUUUCUCGAUGGGCUGUUUUGCAGGAGACUCGUGUCGAAUACUUUAGAGGGAAGGAUUUCGUAAAUUUCUUGAAAAAUCAUCAAGAGCUCAAAGAUAUAUUGGAAUCAAAUAAAAAUAUAGAGGUUGAAGAGAUUGCUAAUACUCUAUUAAGAAAGAAUCUUUUAGUGCGCUGUGAUCGUGUGGUGAAAACAGUUCGUCCUGGAAAGAAAAAGUUGUCUACCUGGCCAGCUCAUUUAGAGAUCUUCCCUGAUCAAGUAUUUUCAGAAAAUGAUGCCUUCUUUGCAUGGACAUUUGUAAAACGGCAUCCACUGUGGCAGACACUUCUUUCUUUUUUUUGGCCAGUGUUGACUCUAGCAAUAUGCCUGUUUCCUGUAUAUCCCCAUCGGUGCAAGCUACUGAUUCUCUACUCAUGUGCUGGGGUCCUUUUACUUAUUCUCUCCCUGCUUUUAAUGAGGGCUACAAUAUUUGGUACUCUAUAUAUCAUUCUUGGAAAGCGUGUUUGGUUUUUCCCCAACAUCCUUGCUGAAGAGGCUACUCUGCGAGAAUUAUUCCGUUUCUGGCCAAAGAAAGAUGAGGAGGAACGACCUAAGUGGACUGCAAGGCUUUUCUAUGCAGUGGUAGCUGUGCUGGUCAUAUUACUGUUGAGACAUCAUGCCCCUGAUGAGGCUGCUAGAGCUAGGUAUCAAAAACGGAUGUCAAACAUCAUUGAUGAUGUUCUUGAGUGGUCUCCAAGAUUAGCGCUGUCUGGGAUGAUGGAGAAACAGCAGACUGUGGUUAAUGGCACAGAGCCCAACAACAGAAACUCAGAGCAAUCCAGGGAUGAAGCAUCUGGAAAUGGAGAGGACGUGGAUCAACCUCAGCAUCAAGAUCAUAUAUAAGAAUAGAAAAAUGCAAUACUGAGCAGAAGAUAGAUAUACUACCUUCUUUCUUUGGGUUUUCUUCUUUAGUUUUGAGUGUAAAACUGUGUAAUGAAACAGUGAAAUAAAGCAUUUGGCGUUUAUUUUGUGGCCCCGUUAAUAGGAUUAUGAGAAUAGAUUACAAUUUUGAUUUUGGGGAAGUUGGUUAAUGACAAUAGACAUUUAACUUUAUUGAUCA